UAGACAGCACAUGAAUCUCAUCCUCGUGACAAAUGUCCUAUUUUUUUAUUUUAUUUUUUAAGAUUGUGGAAUUUUGACCUCAGCAAGACGUUUCCUUCUGAGAGGUGCAUAAAUUCUAAAAAUGUCUGAAGCUAAAGAAGUUUCAGAGUCUGUGGAAGGAUUGUCUCUGGUUUGCCCAUAUGACAUUGUAUUUUGUCACGUUGGUGAUGAUGUUAUUCUCUUAUGUAAUCUUCAUCCAGCCAUCAGUGCUGUUUCAAUGGAGAUUAAAUGGUGGUUUAGAGCUGAUCUGGUCUGUCAUUAUAAGGAUGGACAGGUGAUGGAGAACUAUGAGGGUCGAGCUAGCCUCUCAGUGGAAGAACUGCACAAUGGAAAUGUGUCUUUGACUCUCAGAGAUGUCAGAAGUUUACAAAAGGGCCUCUACUUUUGUGAGGUCAAUGAUCAAUGUCAUUCAUUGAAAGAGUUCAUUUUUCUCCAUAUCAGGUCUGAAAACUUUAGUCUUGUGGUUCCUCCUGACCCUGUUUCUGCUGAGCCUGGAGAAGAUGUAGUCUUACCUGUUCAUCUCUCUACUGAAAUCAAUGCUGAGAACAUGGAAAUCAGAUGGUACAGAAGGAUGAACCUCAUUUACCAUUACAGAAACCGACGUCAGCAGAUAACAAACAGUGACUUGGAGAAUAGAGUUAGUCUGUCCAACCAGGAGCUGGAAAGGGGGAAUGUUUCACUAACUCUAAGAAAUGCUCAACGGUCUGAUUCAGGAAACUAUUUAUGCAUAGUGUUUCAUGAUGGGUGUCUGCAGACAGGAACAGUUCAACUGGAAGUGAGAGAACAUCGAAAAAAGAUUGAUAAGAGGUUAAAGAACCUGCAGGAUAUGCUGAGGGAGAUACAUGAAGAUCAUCUGCAACAAAAAACAAACAUACCAGAGGACACUCUUAAACUACUUCAAGAAGCACUGGAAAAUGCUGAAAAGGAUGAAAGGAAAGAGGAUGAGACAUCUGUUGUUUUAGGUCCUACACCAAGACGUUCAAACAGCACUGAAGGAAUUCGUCCCCUCAUGGAAGAAGAAAGCAGAACGGAGACACUGUUAUUGGAAGGUCCUACACCUAGACGUUUUCUAACAGCAAUGAUGGAAUUCGGCCCCUCAUGGCAGAAGAAGAAAGCAGAACAGAGACACCGUUAUUGGAAGUGGAAAGAGAGAGCCAAGCUCAACACACACGACAAACAAGAGAAGGGAAUAGAUGCACGCUCCAAGUGGAGUGCGCUCUCACUCCUGGUGGACACGGCUCGCCCUGGCUCAGAUAAGCGAGGCAGAAAUGGCAUCCUCCUGGAUUUGGAAACUGUCAAUCCAUCAAACUAUGUUUGUCUCGAGCUGGUCCAAAUCCCCACCAGGUCACACAUCCCGCACCCUCAACAGUCCGACCAGCGCUCAUCCUUCAUCAAUGAUAAGAAUUUAGAAAUCAGCAGUCUGCUUGUGAAUGUCUGCACUCCUCCUGUCUCGUUUCAGCGGACUGAUGUUGAUUCUACUUUACGUUUUGGAAACACUUAUUGCUAUAGUCAUUCUAGUGAAUUCUCCACCUCAGACGUCCAGAGAUUAAAAAUGGCUGCUACUAAAGAAGAGUCGAAAACUAAACAAGAGUUUUCUCUAGCUUGUUCAUCUGACUUUGUUCAAUCUCAUACUGGAGCUGAUGCUGUUAUGUCAUGUUAUCUUGAUCCACCAAUCAGUGCUGUUUCAAUGGAGAUCAGAUGGUACAGAGAGGAUGAUCUGGUUUGUAGUUAUACGAAUAAACAGGUGUCCAUGUCUGUAGACUAUAUGAAUAGAUUGAGACUCUCAGCUAAACAAUUAGGCAUUGGAAAUGUUUCAUUGACUGUUAGAGAUGUCGAACCAUCACAGAGUGGCUCCUAUAGAUGUGAGGUCAGCCAUGAAGGUCAAACACUGAAGAAACACAUUUUUCUCUCUGUCGUCUCUGAAGACAAUAAUCUUGUAAUUUCGAUUGGCCCCAUAUCUGCUGACCCUGGAAGAGACGUCACCUUACCUGUUCAUCUCUCACCUGAAACCAGUGCUGUGUCCAUGACGAUCAAAUGGUUUAAAUGGAAAAAACUCAUUUAUGAGUAUAGAAAUGGACGGACGGAGAUAUUAAAUAAUGAUUUUGAAAACCGAGUGAGUCUGUCCAUCCGGGAGCUGGAGAGAGGAAAUGUGUCUCUGACUCUAAGAAAUGUUCAACCGUCUGAUUCAGGACAAUACACAUGCAGAGUUUUUUAUGAUGGGCAUUUGUUGACAGGAAAAGUUGACUUUCAAGUCAGAGGUUGGAUACACAUACGCAGAAAUAGUACAGAAGGAAUUCGUCCAAUCUUGGAUAACAAUACAAUGGUGAUACAGUUAAUGGAACAGCUGAGAGUUUUAACAGAUCUGCUGAGGAUCCACUUAGACAGAGUUCAAGUGAACAGAGAGAGCAGUAAUCCAUCCGCAAUAGAAGAUAACACUGACAGUGAGACAGAUCAGCAAACAGCACAAGCUCCAGAGAGCUCAGAGGAAGCAAUGGCUCAAGAACAAAAUGUGCUUGAUGUGACAGAGCAAGAGCAAUCCUUGACAGACGCAAAAACUGACACAGAAAAAUCAGACACAUCAUAAACAUAAGAAAGGGUAACAUUUUAUUUUGAUGGUCCACUUAUUAGUAGACUGUCCGCUUAAUAUCUGUUGAUACUGCUCCUUCUACAGACAUUUAACUGACUAUAAGAAGCAUUGCAAGUACAUGUCAACUUACCCUAACCCCCACCUUAUCUAAAGAGAAUUAGUCGACAUGUUGAUGCAAUUCAAUUCAAUUCAAUUCACCUUUAUUUGUAUAGCGCUUUUACAAUGUAGACUGUGUCAAAGCAGCUCAUAGUAAAUUAGAACAGUGUAGUUCACAAACGGACCAUCAAAAUAAAGUGUGACCCAAGAAAGCACAAACAUUUGAGCAGUGAGUAAUUAAACAUGAAGCGUACACUGCUUUUCACAACAGAUUCAUUGGGGAUGAACUGUAUAUUAAACAGUCAACGGGUUAUUUGUUUGGUAUUUUUUAUUUGUACUCUUAUUAUUUUAUGUUGGAUUCAUCUGGAAAAUUCAGUUCACUAUUUUUAUUAGUAUUGCUGUUCACAAAGCCAUAAAGUAGGAAAAAAAACUGUUAGAAAAAGCAUUAAAAUGAAUAUAUGAAGCAUUUUUUAUGCCGUAUGUAAAAGCAUUUAAUAUGUAGAAGCAUUUAAUAUACUGUAUGUAGAAGUAUUUUGUAUGUGCAUUUCUUCAAUGUCAGUUACACUUUUAGUGUUACCACUGAAUAAAACAUAAUAAUCUGUUGAUAAUUACAAUAAUUCAUCAAAUCCAGUGCUCUAAUGAAAACUUCACACUUUGUUUCUGGCAUUAUUGUAAUCCUAGGUACUCAUAACGAUCAAACAUAUUUUUAUAAACUUUUUUUGAGAAACAGAAAUAACGGUUUGUUAUUAUUUUCAAUAAUGUAUUUUAAAUGACGCAGCACAUUUAUCAUGUAUAAUAUAAUCUUUGUUCAUAGAUAUUUACAUUAGAUGUCGCCUACGCUGUUGUUGACUAUUGAAAGGUAUGCGUCAAUAGAGCUGCCAUCUUGGUACAGGGUAGCACUCUUUUGAAACGAAUGUGGGACCAAGGUGCAGUGGAGGACGCUGGCCAUCCAGAGCCAGAGAUAUUGAUACACAUAUAUCUAUGAUCGGGAGGUUUCCCGGUGAUCAGUAUACAAAUAUUUGUUAAAAUUAUAAUUUUACAUAAUUUUCCUGCAUUGAUGGAUAAGUGAUCGCACGGGCAUUGCCGACAAAGAGCGUGUGCUUGUGUGCAUGGAAAUGUAUUAUCCUCCCACCCUGUUAAACCUGAUCCCCUCUCCUGCUUUCACUUCUAAUUCUAACAGAGAGAGUGAUUCAUUUGUGAAUUAAACUCCGUUAUGAACGACUCUUGUGAAUCAUCGAUAUCCCUGUGUCUCAAUGUGCAUAUCCACCUUUCUGAUUUAAAUAGUAUAUAACAUUUUUAAUAUUCAAUAAUUUGGUGGACGGUAUGCACAUUUAGGCGCAGGCACUGUUAUGUUAUCAGGCACCCUUAUACAGUAAGUUACUUCAAAAACUAGCCAUUACUUCACUUAGCCGACAAUAAUACAAGUUUCUGGCACGCAGCGUCUUGUUGUCAUAUUUCAUAACAUUGUUUGCUUAUUUUAUUCAACAAAACUAGCAUAAACCCAGUAUUUAGUGCAAGUUGGAGCUACUUAGCCAGAUUUUCAGUGCAGUAAGUGACUGUAUUAUCAUCAGUAGCGUGACUUGUUGAGCACAAAAGUUCAGAAUCAUAAACGAAAUCUUACAUAUGAAAUGUUUUGCCUUUAUGCUUUGAUUUCUUUGUUUUCUUGUUAUUACACCUGAACACAGCACUAAAGUCCAGCAUCUUCACGUUGGCUUGACUAGUGCGGUUGAAUGACUGUUGUCCGGGGAGCACUGUACAAAUAUGGUGGCAGUAUUGAUGCAUGCUCAGGGUCCGUAUUUGUGAUAUCUAGUGUAUAUAUCUAUGAUCUUUGUUUAGUGAGCAACAGCUUAGCUUUCUUUCAAAUGAAAUUGACUUACACUUUUUAUGUAAACUAAACUGCUUGUAAAAUGUUACAUUUUAUACACAUUAUGGGUGCAUAGUGUGCUGUAUAUAGUAUAAGCACGGUUUAGGGUACUUAAGUUGUGAUGAAUCCAUAUUGCUAACAAGUUAUUGAAAGCUUUUUUUUCUGUGUUAUAAGUGCUCAGGGUUGCAAAGCAGAAGCUAAAUACUCCUUAAAAAGUUUAUCAUUAUUUGGAAUGAAAUAUGACUCAAAUGUUGGUUAAUUUUAUCUGACAAUGUACAUCUAUCAAAUACAAAGAAAUGCUGUAAUUCAUGUGCAUCUUUUCCCUUCAAUGAUCAUGAGGAUGAUGGGAUUUGUAAUGAAAACUUACAAAAUAAAGAAUUAGUUUGACCAAGAA